CUCCUCCACAACGCAGCAAUAGACCCCGCUUUCUCAUCACCAAAAUGAGCAGCCAACUCCUUAGCAAUACUCUCAGUCGAGAGCAGCGUCCCGUACAAAUCGAAGGCGAUCACAAUAUUAUUGUUCGAAGCCAUCUUAGACAAUUAGACGGUGCACCGAAAUACAAUCAAAACCGACAUCCAGGAACGUUGAUGUGGAUUGCCUCUGCCUGCAUACAAUAGCGGGUCAAUGUAUGACGCACGCGGGGUAGAGAACAUUCCAGGUACGGCUCGGUCCGACAUGCAUAUAUUUCUCGAUUCUCAACUUGCAAACAAUGUUCCAAUUAAUCUCCUAUUCAAUCGAGGCCGAAGAUGGAUGAAACGGAAAGCGGGAAUUAUCAGCUCUUCAGAGAAUGUCUCUCUACUCCAUUGAUAGAAAAAUCAUCCACCAAACCCGAGUCAAAGACCAAGAAAUCGCGAGGCAGUGGAAGACGAAAGACCGCAAUCAAGCCCGUAGUAGCUCAAGAACCAGAUGAUGCAGAAGAACUGGCAGACUUCAUCGAUUACAUCGCAACCGAGAUAUUCACCAACCUCCCCCCAGACCUUCGAACACUCACCUACUCAACCUGGCUCAACACCCCUACCCUGCAAUCAACAUACACCGACCCACCAUCCCCUGCCCUUCUACACAAAAUCAUCAAUCCCCUCCCAGCAUCAAUAACCGACACCCUAACCACCUAUUCCCUCCUCAACCCAACCCUCGACCAAGACACAACUUCCUUCCUUACUCCCAUCCUCUCCACCUACAUCUCCUCCCUGCUCACACCACCCCUCGCACCACACCUCGCGCGUCCCCUAGCCACGGAAUGCGAGAUCUGCGACCGUUCGUGGAUCCCGUUGACGUACCAUCAUUUAAUCCCCAGAGGCGUGCAUGCGAAGGUGUUGAAGCGGGGUUGGCAUACGGAGGAUCAGUUGGAGAACGUAGCUUGGCUUUGUAGGGCGUGUCAUAGUUUCGUGCAUCGGGUUGCGAGUUUGGAGGAGUUGGCUAGGGAGUGGUUUACUGUUGAGCGGUUGUUGGAACGGGAUGAUGUGCGGGCUUUUGCGAAGUGGGUUGGGAAGGUGAGGUGGAAG